CAGGAUUUGAGGUUGAGGGCGCCACUGAGCGCCUUGAAAUGGCUUAUGCAUACUGAUUUAAUUUCCGUAGUGCAUUCUUUUGAAUCCUAUGAAUACUAUGAAACCUUAUGUCAUCCUCUUACCAAAAUUCAAAAUAUAAAUGUUUUACACGUUUUUCUAUAUCAUUUUUAUAAUAUUUUGAUUUUCAGAAUGAAAUAGUGACAAAUGAAUUUUAGAUAUGAUUAAAGACGCUAGUCACUCGCUUCAUGCUUGGCGGCCAUGUCUGAAGCCCGCUUGGACCUUUGAGAGUUCGUGUUGUGCUAUUCUUUGUUGUAUAAAAAAGACAGUGGUUUUUGUUUUCGAUAAGACAAUGAAUUUAUAACAACAUUAAAUGACUAUGAACUUUGUUAAAUGUGGAGUGUUUUAUAUAGUUAAGCAAAUCGAUGAAAUUUGCUUCAGCAGAAGUUACUCCAACAUCGUAUUUUUAGUUCAUCCGCCAUAUUGGCGUUAAUAUAUCUUCGUUCAAUUGGUGAAAAAGAAAUCCCUAAGCAAUACAGACACUGCAUAUACAUGCAAGGUCUAACAAUUAUUUAAAUGAACAGAAUGAAGUAAACCUAGGUGCAUAUGCACCUCAUUAUAUUAUGAUAGACUUGUUAUAUGGUAAAAGAGGGUAUAGCUGAUGCCUCUUAGCCAGAAAUUGGAUGAGCCUCUUGUUACAAUUGAGGUAGAUUGCAGACUCCAGCACAAUGCAGCAGGCAGUCGAUCCCCUCGCUACGACAAGCACUCCCUCGACGGAACCAGUCAAUGGUGCGUCCUCGGAGGACGUUCCCCGUCGGCAAGGUCGGAUAACCAAUCAGCUACAGUUCCUCCAAAAGAAUGUUAUUAAGGCAGUGUGGAAACACAAAUUUGCAUGGCCUUUUCAUCAACCCGUAGAUGCAAAGAAAUUAAAUAUCCCCGAUUACCACAAAAUCAUCAAAAAGCCUAUGGACCUAGGUACCAUUAAAAAGCGUCUUGAGUCAAACUACUACUAUUCAGCUCAAGAAUGCAUUCAGGAUUUCAAUACAAUGUUCACAAAUUGUUAUGUUUAUAAUAAACCGGGGGAAGACGUUGUCGUAAUGGCGCAAACACUUGAAAAGUUAUUUUUAAAUCGGAUAGCGCAAAUGGACAAGGAAGAAAAAGAGAUUGAGAUGCCAUCAAACAGCGGGAAAGGCGGAAUCAAAAAGCGCACGGGAGGUUCGAGUGGAGGAGUGACGGCGAGCGGCGCGGCGGCGGGCGCGGGCGCACCCACUGCGAGCGCGGCGCUGGGCGCGCGGACGUCUGCUGUCAAGCCGCUGGCGCCCGCGCCACACCCCGCUUUCGUAGGCUCCACCAACACCACCACCACGCCCACGCUUACCGCGCCUUCGGUUACACCGCCUGCUACACAUACUGGUCUCCCACAACAGGUAGCAACUCAACCUUCCAAUUUCCAUGUGACUCAAGCCACUGCCCAACCAGUUGCUACAAUACCAGCUGUCGCACUAUCACAGACCCAACCUGCCAAGGUAAAAAAAGGCGUUAAAAGAAAAGCUGAUACCACAACACCUAUGGGUAGCUCAUUUGAAGGCGGUUAUACAACUCCCACUAUCGAACAGCAAAGUGGCCCUAAACCUGCCAAAAUAUCUACCAGAAGAGAGAGUGGCAGACAGAAAAAAGCUGGUAGAGUCGGAGAUGACGGUUUUAAAAUGGGCGGCCUGUCGCCCAGCGUGGGCGCGGCCGGCGCUUCGCACCACGCCGCGCUCACGCCGCAGUUGGCCAAAAGCAAGGAGAAGCUGUCUGACGCUCUCAAAAGCUGCAACGAAAUAUUGAAAGAACUCUUUUCGAAGAAACACUCCGGUUACGCGUGGCCGUUUUACAAACCCGUUGAUGCCGAGUUGCUCGGUCUACAUGAUUAUUUUGAUAUUAUUAAGAAACCUAUGGACCUCGGGACCGUUAAACAGAAGAUGGAUGGUAGAGCAUAUAAGACGGCUGCGGAAUUCGCAGCGGAUGUCCGCUUAAUAUUCACAAAUUGUUACAAAUAUAAUCCUCCCGAUCACGACGUGGUUGCGAUGGCCCGAAAAUUGCAAGAUGUCUUUGAAAUGAGGUACGCCAAGAUUCCUGAUGAACCAAGUCAUGUAGGAGUACCACAUAUAGAUAAAGGGAGCUCUGCUUCUAGUUCAGAAUCUGGUUCCGAAUCUGAAUCUGAAUCAGAUGACUCAGAGGAAGAAAGGAACAAUAAAGUAAAAUUGCUAGAAAAGGAACUUCUUGCACUUCAGGAGAAAAUGCGAAAGCUUGUCGAAGAGUCUAAUAAUAAGAAGAAAGCUAAAAAGAAAGUUAAAGACAAAACGAAAAAGCAGAUAACAAACAAUGCUGUUCCUAAAACAAAUGCAGUUGCAGGAUAUGGUGCAAAAGCAAACAAUAUUGGUGAAAACUUAGUAUCGUCGACAGCGACGAGUGGCGUCCGCGGCAAGACGGGUAGCAAGCGCGGUGCGGCUGCGGCCAGCGGGGUGAGCGCAGCUAGCGCAGGCAAGGCGGCGGCGCGCGGCGCACCCGCCAAGAAGAAGAGCUCCACGCCCACCGCCGCGCCGCCGCACCACGCGCCGGCGCACCACGCGCACCACGCGCACCACGCGCACCAUGCGCACCACGCGCACCCCGACACCGACGACGAAGACCUCGCCAAGCCCAUGUCUUACGACGAGAAGAGGCAGCUCUCGCUUGACAUCAACAAGUUGCCUGGUGAUAAACUCGGAAAGGUUGUACACAUAAUUCAAAGCAGAGAACCAUCACUGCGUGAUUCCAAUCCAGAUGAAAUCGAAAUAGAUUUCGAAACAUUAAAACCAUCUACUCUUAGAGAAUUAGAAAAUUAUGUAGCUUCCUGUCUUCGGAAGAAAACACAUCGAAAAGUAUCUGGCAAAUCUAAGGAUGAGCAAAUGGCUGAGAAAAAGCAGGAAUUAGAAAAAAGGUUGCAAGAUGUAUCAGGGCAAUUAGGAACAAACAAGAAACAGCAACCUAAAAAAGAGGGCUGCAAGGAGGGCCUAGGCGGCGGAAUGUCUUCUUCGUCCAGUUCGUCCGACUCGUCCAACUCGUCGUCCAGCACCGACACCAGCUCGUCCGACAGCAGCGACAGCGAAGCAGGUACGAGUGCCGGUAAACCUUCCAAGAAGAAACUCAAGAAGCAGGCACAACAAGUUCCUUCGCAAACUAAGCCGGUCCCGCAGGUAGUGGUGCCCGUGGCCCCGCUGGCCGCGCCCGCCGAGACCCCGCGCGUCGAGCCCAAGCCGGAGCCGCCCGCGCCCGCGCCCGCGCCCGCCUCCGCGCCCUCGCCCGCGCCCGACGCCAAGGCCGCGCCCGUCCCCGCGCCGCUCGCCGCGCCCGCCGCCCCGCCCGCACCCAGCGCGCCCGACUCGUCAAAUGUGCCCGCGCUCAGAGAGGCCGAACUUCCGAAGCCUCCUAUGAAAACCGAGCCCCGUAAUGGUCUCGAUAAAGUCGACACCUCUCACUACAUAGACCCUAUCGAGCGAUCGCUCGCCAGUCUGGAGCGAAGCCUGCAAGCGGACGUUCCGAUGGAUGUCAGCGUCAGCGCGUCUGAGUCGUCGAUGCGUCUCGAGGAGUUCGCCUUGCCGAAGCCGUCGAUCAUGCCAGAUGCGACACAUCACAAUCUGAUGGCUCAACUCGGGGGUCUGACAAAUAUGACUCACGUUACCGAACAGAUAAAAAACGAGAUGUAUUCUCAACCCCACAACGGCUUUGUGGAAAAGAAUACACCGCAAGAGCGGGAAAUGUUGAGGCCUGAUAUAAAUCCUAAUAUACCGUGUUUAACGACGGCUCCUCCAGUUUCUUCUAUUUUCGACCCCGUGUACUCUGUACCUCACACGCACGCUGUAACGGCACAGUCACAUAUAAACCUCCAAAACACUCCUAACUUGAUACCUCCGGUCAUAAAGAAGGAGGAAGUAAAACCUUUACUAACGCCAAAGCCAAUCGAAGAUCUGAUGGGAGUGCCUAAUAUAAUUGGCAACAAUAUUACAGAUAGAGUGAAGUACGAAAUAGAUAAAAAAGUAGAAGAUACCAAGAACUCCAAUUUUGCUCAAGCUUUUAAGCUUAAACAAGAACAGAAUUUGAAGAAUGCUAGUUCUUGGUCGUCUUUGGCUCAAGCUGGUAGUCCUCAGAGUGUCCCGAACAUCGGAGUUAAUAAUCAAAUAAAACAGAAGCCAGUUAUGGAUAGUUUUCAAGCCUUUAAAAAGCAAGCUCGAGAAAAGAUUGAUCGCCAACGAGCUUUAAUAGAACAACAAGAACUGAGAAAGAAGGAGCAAGCGGAAAGAGAAAGACAGCGUCAAGAAACAGAAAGGCGGCAUCCCGAAGAUGAUAAAAUGAGGGUGGGUGUAAGCGCGCGCAAGGCAGAGAGCGCGGAGGUGUCGUCGCCGGCCGUGUCGCCCGUGGCGCGCGGCUCGCCCCCCGCCGCGCCCGCCGCACCGCCCGCGCCCGCCGCGCCCGACAAGCCGCCCGCCUCCGAGCGCGAUCGCCUGCGCCAGCGCGAGCAGGAGCGUCGUCGUCGGGAGGCGAUGGCAGGCCAGAUAGACAUGAAUAUGCAAAGCGACUUGAUGGCAGCGUUUGAAGAAUCGUUGUAAAUCGUUGCGUGGACAUUAUUAUAGUUGUACAUAUGAGUAUAUAAAAUAAAUAUUAUUGUCAAUGCAAUCUAUACAAUGGUGAUAGUAUGACACCGGAGUGACUUUGUGAUCGUUUUGUGUGUGAAACUGUUGACUAACAUGUGGUUAAGUGCUGUGAAUAGAUAUACAUAUUAUAAAUUAAACUGUUGUACCAUCAAUCUUGACUUCGUGGUUGCGUGCUAUAGGCCUUUACAAGGGGGUUGCAUUUUAAAAUAAACUGUAUUAUAAUAAGUUUGUAUGCAAGUUCUUGAUGUAAACUCUCUUUACAUUCGUAAGCCUAUAAUAUAUUUAUAUUUUGUUCUAGGAGCGUCUUCUACCUUCCGAACUUGUUUUAUAGUAUGUACUAAUAAAUAGAAUGGUAGUCAUUGAAAUUGGGAAAAAUCAAAAAUGUUUUACUUUAUGUAAUUGAUGAAUAGACAAUCAACUUUUAACCGUGAAAUCUGUUAUUCUUCGUGUGUUCUCACAUUGCAUUAUGGCACGAAAGUAGACAUACGUUUAGUCAGAUUCGUAAUCGAGUAGGAUCAUUUUAAAACUAUCCACGGAUUAGCCACGAUGCAAUGAGAUAACAGCCUACGUUAUGUAUUUAAUAGUAAAUGGAAUUUCUGUUACGUGUUCGAUUUUCGAUAAAUAUUGCUUAAUGUUAGUAGAUUUUUUAUCAGUCUGUCAACAGUAAACAGAUCAAAUGUCAUACAUUUGAUUUGAAAAUAUAUUUAUUUUACAUCGGAAUAUGUCUUUAUGUUUUGUAGUUAGUCAAACUCACUCCAGUGGAAAAUGUGUAAAAGUAUUAUCUAAAUUCAACAUACUCAUAAGUUUAUAGGAUGAGUAAGUGAUACAAUACUGACCGAAAUACAAAAACAUUGUAUAUUGUUAAGCAAAUUAUAAUUUCAGCCAUUUUACCAGACUAAAAUCAAAAUGUAGGUAUAAAGUAAAAUAUAUUGACAUUCCAUAAUGUACUGUGUUGUUUAAAUUAAUGUAUAAUUUUUAAAACGACAUGUAUUUAUAAAUUAUCUGGAUCCACACAUUACAAAUCGUACAGCCGCUAAAUAAAUCUUAUAUCUACAAGGUUAAAAUGAAAAUUCAUUUAUUGAUUUCUUAACGCACACCUUAUAUAAAUAUAUAUAAUUUUAACUAUCAAUUUUCUAUUUCUUCAAGCUACUUUUAUUUUCAUUAUUGUAUUUGAGUAAAGAUGGAUUGAUGAAUCUGAUUGCAAAUGUCCAGAUAAUUUUAUAGCAUAUGAUAAAAACAAAGUAAAUAGGUUUCCUGUGAAUACAGACCUUCGGAUUCUCGUGAGCUGUAAGUCCCAAUAUUCAUAAUAACAUGAAUAUGAGUAUAUUUUCGUAAUCGUUUUCAACUGUAGUUUAUACCUAUAAAUUGUAACGUGCAAAAUCAUGGCUGGUAUUAUAGUCAUGGUUUCAAAUUACAUUUUAAUUUAACCGAUUUUGGUUAACGGUUUGAGAAUACUUUCCAGUAGUUAUUCUGGUAUCAUGCCCAUCAAUCCGAAAAGAUAAAGUUUAAUAAAUUGAUGUGAAUAACGCAGCUAAAGUAUAUUUUAUGUUAUUUUUAAACGUUAAGCAAGGAAAAAAGAAAAUCGAUAUAGACAAUGGCGACAGAUCGCUGUCUUUUUAUUGUAUAGUAUAUUUAUUAUAUGGACAGAAUUUUGAAGCACAUUUUUUUAUAUGUACCUAAUUAUUUAUUAAAUUUAGAUAAAAGCGUUUGGUUACCUUUUUUUUUGUAAAUUGUAAUGAUAUUUCCAACGCAAUUUCCCUUUUUAAAAAUAAAAAUAUUAAGUCAU